AUCGCGAAUGUUUGCAAUUCGGUUUUUGUAAACGUAAUAAGUAUUAGUCAUUAUUAGACCCCUUUUCAUAAUCUGAUUAGUGAUUUAAACUACCCACUUUCCUGAGCUGAUUAGUGUUCUACGAAAAAGGCCAUAUAGAUGUAAAUUAAAAAAAAAAGAAGACUGACAGCACCAACAAAUGUCAACAAAUAAAUUUGAAUAAUUUAAAAUACAUUUUUCUACUAUUUAUAAAUAAAUAUGGCAAUGAAUAAAAUCGUGAGGGUUUUAAAACCAUCCAAUGUAAAAGUAAAAGCUAUUGCAAAUUUAAGUACCAACGUAGAAAGCACAUUCGAAGAGGAAUAUCACAAAAAUCAUAUUCAAAUAAAUUUGUUCCAAAAAACUUUAUUGACUGUGGGAGCUGCUGCUGUAUCAAUUUUAGAUCCAUAUAGGGGCGAUAUGAUAGCAUGUUUAGGAGAAACAACAGGCGAACAUGCUGCUAGGUAUAUAAUGAAUAAAAUGGAAAUGUCGAGUGAAGGUAGUCAGAUACUUUCUGAACGACCUAGAAUCAAUACAAAAACAGUAGACAUGGAUUAUCUAGCAAAAUUGCCAGAAGGCACAUUAGGAAAGGUUUACAGCAACUUUUUGAAAGUAAAUAAUGUCACGCCUGAUAGUAGAUCGCCUGUUCAGUUCGUUGACGAUCCAGAAUUGGCUUACAUCAUCCAAAGGUAUAGAGAAGUCCAUGAUUUAACUCAUACAAUAUUACAAAUGCCUACACAUAUGCUUGGAGAAGUUACUGUGAAAUGGGUGGAAGCCAUACAAACUAAAUUACCCAUGUGUAUAGGAGGAGCUAUUUUUGGACCAUUAAGGUUGAAACCUAAACAUCGUCAGCUUUAUUUGAAAUAUUACUUACCUUGGGCCAUCAAAACGGGUACAAAUGCAGAAUUUCUCUUAAAUAUUUACUUUGAGAAAAGAUGGGAGCAACCGCUUGAUGCAUUCUAUGAAGAAGUAAACAUUGAACCAUUGGUAUUAACAAAAUGAACUAAUCUGUCCAGUUUUUGUUUUAGAUUAAAAAUAGAAAAAUUGUUAUAUAUCGAAUACAUUUAUAUGAUUUUUGUUAAGAUUAUUUUUUUGUUUAUAUUUCUUGACGUUUAUUUAAAUAGUAUAUAAAUCAGUUAUAUUAAUAAAGUGUUACCUAAUUUUCUGUGAAAAAAGUAUGUAAAACUACAGGGUUUACAAAUAAAAU